GAUUGAGGAAGAAAACCUGCACCCAGCUGCCAUUAUUGACCACGGCUGGAUCUCACCUCCCGGCUGGAAGUACUACUACCCAUAUCCUCCUGAGAUUGAAAUCCCUUUUCCACAGUCACUGGGCAACACUUCGCAGCGCUGCAGCAGGGCUUCUUCUCCAGGAUCUAGAUCUGACUUCUCGGCUGGAAGUAUCCAUGUCCUGAGAUAAACCCCCCUUCCCCACAGCAAGAUCUGGAUCUCACCUCUCUGCGGGAAGUACCCAUGUCCUGAGGUUAUUUUGUUUGUAACUGCAAAUGGAACACCAUGAUAUUACCCCGCAAAGUGACCUGGAGGGUAUUCUGUUUGAUGAAAGCGCAGAACCAAAGGCUCUACCAUUAUCACUUCUGGAGCACAUCACCAGCGGUUUCUCUCGUGGUGAAGAAAUUGGCAAUGGUGGUUUUGCAACGGUUUAUAAGGGAAUGCUUGACAAUGGCAUGGUUGCUGUGAAGAAGCUUUUUGGAACGGUUGAUCUUGAUGAGAAGAAAUUCAGUGAAGAGAUACGUUGUCUGAUGAAGGCAAAGCACAAAAAUAUUGUGCGGUUCCUAGGAUAUUGCGCUGACACACAAGGAGAAAUGGUAGAUUGCGGGGGAAAGCUUGUCUUGGCAGAUGUACGACAAAGGUUGCUCUGCUUUGAAUAUCUACCUAAAGGGAGUCUUGAUAAGCAUAUCACUGAUGCAUCUUGUGGACUUGAAUGGAGAGAGCGAUAUCAAAUUAUCAAUGGAAUUUGUGACGGUUUGUAUUAUCUUCACCAAAAGCACAUCGUUCACUUGGAUCUUAAACCCGGAAAUAUAUUAUUAGAUAAUAAUAUGAUCCCGAAAAUUUCUGAUUUUGGUCUUUUGAGAUGCUUCGAUGAAAAUCAAACUCGUACUAUUGCUUCGAAGGUGAUUGGAACUAUGGGAUAUUUGGCACCAGAAUUCUGUAGUGUCAGACAGAUCACAGUCAAGUCGGACAUAUAUAGUCUUGGUACGAUAAUCAUAGAGAUAAUAACAGGAGAGAAAGGAUAUGCUGAUGUUGCCAAUGUAAUUGAGAGGUGGAGCAAUAGGUUGGAGAAAUCACAGCCAGACACACAACUGGAGCAAGUACGAGUAUGCACUGAAAUAGCGAUAGAGUGCAGUGACUUUAACCCGGCAAGAAGACCAGAUACGAAUAAUAUAAUUAAUAGGCUUCGUGCAACAAAAAAUGCAGAUGAGUUUGCUACUGAACUGAAGAUUGCAGAUAUGCUUCCUGAUAGGGAAACAUCGUCAGAUGUGGAACAAACAUUAAUCAUCGGAUGGACUGAGGAAAAACAGAAAAUAUUGUCUAUUUUAUCCGAGAGCAUCACAGAAGAAAUGGUUAUCCUUCCUAUAUAUGGCAUUGGAGGCAUUGGCAAGACAACCUUGGCACAACUGGUAUUCAAUGACCCACAGUUCCAAGACUACACUCGGGUGUGGGUAUAUGUUUCCCAGGAACUCAACUUGAGCCAGAUUGGCAACUCCAUAAUAACACAGUUAACUGACAAAAUUGGCAAUAUAUCUACCAAACAGAUGCUUCAUAAACGCCUUAAAGAGCUGUUUUUUGGUAAGCGCAUCCUUAUUGUUUUAGAUGAUCUAUGGGAGGAGAACCCAAAAGAGUUUGAUAAACUGAAGGUUAUGCUAGGGCUUGGCCUGGGAAGGAAGGUGGUUAUAGUAACUACACGUGAUGGAGGCCUCGCAAGGAAAAUUUGUAGUCCUGCAGUUACACCAUACAAGCUGGAGACUUUGACGGUUGAUAAGUGUUGGACUAUAAUAAAACAAAAGGCUGACUUUGAAGACCGAGUCGACCAAGAACAAUUGGAGCAUAUAGGAAGGGAGAUUGCGACCAAGUGUGGAGGUGUGGCCUUAGCAGCUCAAUCACUUGGACAUAUGUUGAACGGCAUGACGGCAGAUGAAUGGGAGUCGGUGAGAGACAGUUAUUUCUGGAGUCUAUCAACUUCGGAGGGCCACGAAGUGCUUGGAUCCUUACUGUUAAGCUAUAGCCACAUGUCUGUUUCGUUGAAGUUGUGCUUUUCCUAUUGUGCAAUCUUUCCAAAAGGUCACAUAAUGAUGAAGUAUGAUCUAAUUUACCAAUGGAUUGCUCUUGGGUUCAUCGAGCAAUCUAGGAUAUUUGAUUUUAUGCAGCUCUCCGAGGAUUAUAUCAUGCAACUUUUGGGGAUGUUCUUCCUUGAAUAUUCAAAGGAUCCUAAGAGUGGUGAAAUGCAGGACAGAGAUGUUACAUUUUUCAGGAUGAAUGACCUAGUGCACGAUCUCGCCAGGAUGAUCUUGGCCCAUCAAUUUAACGAUAAGGGCAGUGUUGGUGGAAACAAAUGCCGCUAUGCAUUGCUCACAGAUUGUAGCAAUCCAUUGCAGUUUUCCUUCACUUCUCCUGCAAAUAUAAAGGCGCUGCAUUUUCGGGACUGCAGCAAUACACAACUUCGUGGAAGUGCAUUUUCGUCAGCUAAGUGCCUCCGUGUCUUGGACUUAAGUGAAUGCCUUAUUCAGAAGCUACCUGAUUGUAUUGGCCAACUGAAGCAGCUGAGAUUUCUUCAUGCUCCACGGAUACAAGAUAAGAUGAUUCCCAAUUGUAUCACCGAGCUCUCAGAAUUAAAUUAUCUCAACCUUAGAGGCUCUGAGAAAAUCUUAGCACUGCCGGAGUCAAUUGGUGAUAUUAAAGGUCUGAUGCAUCUUGAUUUAUCAGGUUGCACUGGAAUAAGUGAACUCCCUAUAUCAUUCGCAGAGCUGAAGCAGUUGGUUCAUCUGGAUUUAUCACAUUGCCGUGUGUCUAUAUCAGAAGCUUUUGGUGGUUUUACCAAACUACAAUAUUUGAAUUUAUCAGUUGAACAUUCUGACAGAAGGCUACCAGACGUCAUCGGCAAUCUAAUCAAACUCAGGUAUUUAAAUCUAUCGGGAUGCAUGGAAAUUUCCGUCAAGUGAUGAUCAAAUCGGCCGUUUGCUUGGCUCUAUCUGCACCCUUUCCAAUCUAGAGCAUCUGGACUUGUCUGGGAAUAGAAAGCUUUCCAGUAUACCAACAAGUAUUGGCAACCUCAGGCAGCUUCAUACGCUGGACCUCUCAGGCUGCCAUCGCCUAAAGAAGCUUCCUAAUAGUAUGAUUAAUAUGGUUAAUUUGAAGGUUCUAAUUGUGGAAAAAGAGGUUAGAUUGGAUGAAUCUAUGUGUGCUCUCUUAAAUUUUGUCUCGUUGCCACACUUUGUGGUGUAUGCUUCAAGUGAUAAAUGUAGCAGCAAUAUCAACCUCCUUGAGCCUACAAAUCCUGAUAAGCUGACGAUAGAUAGACUUGAAAAUGUGAAGUCUACAAAAGAGGCAUGGAGUAUAAAGCUGAUAGAGAAACAAAACAUGAAAGUGUUAACAUUUCGAUGGACCGAAAAUGCUGAGAGGUUUGUGGAUGACAAGGAUGUGCUGGAACAGCUAGUGCCACCAAGCAGUGUACAGAUAUUGACUAUAGUUGGUUACACGAGUCUCAGCAUUCCUGAUUGGCUUAUGGAUAUUAGGCAGUAUCUCCCUGAUCUUUUGGAGUUAAAUUUGUUGAAUUUUCCUAAGUGCAACACGCUACCAGCACUUGGUCAACUACCAAAUCUAUUAGAGCUGGAUCUCUACCGUAUGGAGAGCUUGGAAGAGUGGAACACUGCAUAUAACACUGGUGAGGGAGGUGCAAAUGGGCUUAUGUUUCCUAAGCUUGAGAAGUUGAGCAUAAAGCAAUGUCGCAAGUUGAGGAUAGGACCAUGUCUGCCUAGAGCUUUGUCUUAGGACAUAGUAGAUUGUGAUAAUGUGCUGUCAUCAUGGGGAGAGAGCUCAUCACGCAGCGGUGCCUCCUCUUCUCCAAUAACUGAUCUGGAUGUUAGUGAAAGCAAGGUGCCCUUGCAUGAGUGGAGGUUGCUUCACCACCUCCCUGCCCUCCGACUUCGACUUCCUACCAUCAAACUACUCAGACUAAGAAGACAUAAUCGGUUACUCUUCUUUUUGCGGGGGCAACAAUGCCGACACUCAGUGUAUACGCGUAUGCAGGAAGAGCAGCCAUUACCGCAGCUAAUCAACUUCCUGCCAGAGCAUUCGUCCACGAUUCGGGAGGAAACAUCAGAUGAAGAAGUGAUAGCAGAAUCGACCGUCGAGGAGACAACCGAUAGCCAAGCAGUAGAUAUUAAUCUGUGUUUAUUCAUGUGUUUAAUUGUAGUCAUUUGCCAUGCAUGUUCCCUAAUUCAUGUUUGUUUUGUUACAUGCAUGGGUAAUUAAUUAAUAUGACUUUCUGUCGUGAAAGCUGACAUGACAAAGCUGAAGAAGCUUUCGAUUAUGAAACACAGCAUUUUCCUUA